CCUGUAACAAGUCUAGGCUGCAAAAGCAUGGCAGCUGCUGAGGCAACGUUACUGUCGCAGUCUUUGAAAACAGACAGAGCCCCAGGCUCUGAAACUGCAGAAACAGCCGCAACAGUGGCUAGGACAUCUGUAGCAACGGCUGCGGCUGCGGCGAUCGUGGCCGCUGCGAGAACCGGAUCCGAAACCAGGGUCUCCAAGGCUGCUUUGGCUACUAAGCUGCUGUCACUCAGUGGCGUGUUCGCGGUGCACAAGCCCAAAGGGCCCACUUCAACCGAGCUGCUGAAUCGGUUGAAGGAGAAGCUGCUGGCAGAAGCUGGAAUGCCUUCUUCAGAAUGGACCAAGAGGAAAAAACAGACUUUGAAAAUUGGCCACGGAGGGACUCUAGACAGUGCAGCCGGAGGUGUUCUGGUCAUUGGAAUUGGAAGGGGAACAAAAAUGUUGACCAGUAUGUUGUCAGGGUCCAAGAGGUAUAUUGCCAUUGGAGAACUGGGGAAAGCCACCGACACACAAGAUUCUACAGGGAAAGUGACAGAAGAGAAACCCUAUGAUAAAAUAACACAAGAAGAUAUUGAAGGCAUUCUACAGAAAUUUACUGGGACUAUAAUGCAAGUACCCCCACUCUAUUCUGCAUUAAAGAAAGAUGGGCAGAGACUUUCAACUUUAAUGAAGAGAGGCAAAGUAGUAGAGGCAAAACCUGCCAGGCCAGUUACGGUGUACAGUAUCUCCCUUCAAAAAUUCCAGCCGCCAUUUUUCACAUUAGAUAUUGAAUGUGGAGGAGGUUUUUAUAUCAGAAGCCUGGUCAGUGACAUUGGCAAAGAGCUUGCUUCCUGUGCCAGCGUACUAGAGCUGACCCGAACGAAACAGGGGCCAUUCACACUGGAGGAGCACGCCCUUCCAGAAGACAAGUGGACCAUUGGUGACAUUGCACGGUCUCUUGGACACUGCUCAUCGCUUUUCCCAGACCAGCUGGCACUUAAAAAAUCAAAACCUGAGGAGUCCAAUAGGCAGAAUUUGAGCUGUGAAUUUAAAACGCUAAAUGAGACAAAGGGAGAAGGUGAUGUGAUUAAGACAUUUUGAGAUUGGUCAGGAGGAUCCUCAUUUCCUGGUCGAUAGUUGAAUGAAUCCUAUAUACAGAUACAGAGUGACAAGCUGUGUGCGAGAGACAAAUACUUUUUUUUCGGUAUGAAGCAAACAAAAUCCCUUACAGUUUCUGUAGCAUGCAACUUAUUUGCUAUAUACAUUAUCUGUGGCCUUGCAGUUGUUCAGUUUUUUGCUGUUCUAUCAAUUGUUCUUUAAAGAUGUUUUUAUGUUGUUAAAAUAUAAAUUUGAUUGAUUCAGGAAAAUUAGCUUUCUGAAUUUGAUAUUGCUUCAGUCUUUUCCUGUGAAAAGGGUGAACAAGCUUUCUAAUGAAAGAAAAAUAUGAGCUACAUGUUUUCUUUAGUUUCACAAAAGCAGUCAUAAUUUAGUAUUACUUUUAUUUAGGUUUCUGAGUAGCUCCAUUGUUUUGAAAUUCUUCGACUAUGAAAUAACCAUUAUUGAAUUCUUUUUUGUGUUUUAGAGAGUCUAUUAGUACUAAAAUAUUUUGUUGAUAAGACUGUACUUAUCUAGUAAUGGCUGCAUUUAGAUCUUGAAAAUGAAUAAAGUUUUAUAAUCAGUAUUUUUAAAUGAACCAAAUUAUCGUGCUACCCACUAGUGGGAUAUAAAUAGAAGGACAAAAGUAAUUAAUUAAUUUUAUCUCUACCAUUAGAACAGAAGACAGCUCCUUAGUGUUGUAUUUUGGCAGCUAUGAGGUAUUUUCUUGGUGGUAAUAUUAACAGAGUAAACUACUUUGUACCAAAUUCCUAAAUAACAUAAUUUUUAAAUUUUAAACUAAGAAAUAUAUCUUAAAAUUUUCUUUUCUUCAUUCUUUAGCAUUUAUUUAUAUUUCUUUAUAGGGCAUUAGUGUGUGUGACAUUGUUUCUUUGUUGUGUGCUCUUUCAAGUGACAUUUCUAGACAUGGAGAUAGCUGCCUGUCAUUUCCAGCUCAUCUCUUCUGCUCUGAAUAUUUAACUGCAGAGAUUCUCAAGUGUUUUCAUUCAAAUAGCUUCAGAAAGUUCUCCAUCCCUCUUUCCUAUAAUUUUGAAAAUGUAGUCACAUUACACAAUAGCACAUUUCAUGUCAUGAGUGCUCCAUAUUUUAGUUAAGAGAAUGUAAUAUAUUACGCAGCUAGCCUAUAGAAACACUCAAGUCCCUCUUCAUUUACUCAAAUGUAAUUUCACAAGGAGGACUCAUUUCAGUUUUUUUUUUGGUACUGGGGAUCAAACUUGGGUCCUUGCACUUUCGAGGCAGGCAGGGGAACCACUGAGCUAAAUCCCCGGCCCCUCAAAUUUGAUGAAAUACAAGUUUUUAGAUUUCUAUGAAUUGCCAUUUUUAAGUGUGAUUGCUUACAAUCUAUCUCAAAAAUUUUAAAAUAUAUAAGCCAAAGUGGCUUUAUUUAUGCUUGAUCUAAUAUGAACUUAAGAUAAAAAGUUAGAUGUUUUGGUAGAGCGUUUUCAGCAUAGUGACAGCAUAUUAUAAAUGAAAAUAUUAAAACUAAUUCUUAGUAUGAAAUAGACAAUGAGAAGAGAAUUGAUAUCAUGAUAUAUUAACAUAACAUACCAAACACAUAAAUUUGUGAGUUGAAAGUUUAUACUAUUAUAUAUUGUUAGUGCCCUGCAUUUUAUGUCAACCAAAGGUAACAGUGACUAUCUCUGCCUAUUGGAAUGUUGCAAAUUGAGGUAUAUCUUCUUUCAUUACCAAUUAAAGUCCAAAUAGAGAAGUAUUUAGGUUUUAGAACAUAACUGAGGAACUUCUGCCCUUUUAUCAACUUAAAAAUUGAUAUGUCUAAUUUGUAAUAAGGAAGUGUAGCAAUUAUUUGAAAAGGCAAGUAACUGAAAAUUUACCUAUAGUCUUCACCAUGUUAAUGCACUAACUGUAGAAUUUUAAUUUUAUAACACUGGUUUUCCCUUUUUUGUCCAAAUAAUUUGUCUUAAGGCAUCUACUUUUUUAUAUUUGAUAUUGUCUUAACUAUAUUUAGUUUUUAUAAUGAUUAUUUUCUGCAUACUAUUUCAUACUCAUUUAAACCAUUAUUCUACUACUGAAUACUUGAGUGGCUUUCAGUUUGAUUGGAUAAAUUCUUGCAGGGGAUAAAGUGAAAUCACACUUCAUCUUAGCCAAGAGGCCGAGAAGCAAUGAUGAAGUGAAAUUAUAUGAACAGUUUUAUGGUUUAUGUUUGCCUUAUUGCAUUCCCAAAGAGUUGUAACAUUUUACAGUGGUGCCAUUGUGUGGGGAUUUUAUAUGCUGUUGCUAAUUAAGUAUAAGACCAAAAUCAAAGUUUCUUUAAUUCAUUUUUGUGUGAUUCAUCUAUGUACUAUUUUCAUUUAUACAAAUAAGUGUCAUAAUAGUUUUUUAUAAUCUGUAUGAUCUAUUUAUGCAGUGAAUGCUUGAUAGAAGUAUUCUUCAUGGCUUUUAAAACAAUUUUAGUUUUUUCAUUUUUGCUAUUGGUAGUUGCUUAUUUUUUAAUUCUUUUUUAGCACUGUCAGAUGUGUUAGUAUGAGUAGUUAAAACUUACUGAAACUUUAAAAUAUUCUUAACUCUUAUAUGAGCCAAAACUCACCGAGAUGCUCUGAAAGGUUCAAGAUUCAUCCAUAGAAUAGAUUAGUUUUCUCACAAGAGUCUGGUAUUUAAGUGUCAGCAUUUUUUCCCAUUUUGUUAAGGAACUAUCUGUGCCUUAUAUAUUUUACACUUAAACUUUCAUAACAUAAUAGGAUUGUUUUACUUACAAGCUAAAGAUAAAUUAGAAAUUCUUGAAAAUGUUUCAACCUACAAAUACCAAAUCAUAUCAUUUUAAUACUUUUAAGUCUUUUAUAUUUCUGAGAAAUAUUGUCUUAAUCUAAAAGUUGUCAAAAGUGGCCAUAAAAUUAUUUUCGUUAUACUCUUACAAUCCAAGAGCAUUAAAAUUGUAGAAAUUUGCUCUCCAUACAUUCAAAAUUAUAAACUAUGAACAGAAGAAGAGCUAACUACAUUUCCUUAUACUGACUGGGUCUUUUCCUUAAUACACACCUCUGAGUCAUCAUCAGAAAUUAUUCAUAAAAGACUCCUUUCUAUCAGAUCUUCAGUAUAUUUUGUGUCCCUCUGACCAGUUUGAAAUCUGUUUCAGACUUAGAAUAGGCAGCUAGAGGUUCAGUUAGAUGUGAAUUGUUCUGUUUCAGAGGAAGAAAGUAAUUUACCUUAUAUCAUGAUAUAUAUAAUAGGAAGAAAUGUGAUUCAGAAGCACUUUAAAAUACUGAAACAUUUAUUAAAUAGAGGAGGAUAAUAGGUACGAAGUCUAGGUACUGAAAUGAUUACAAUGGUCUGGUACUUAAACUUUAAAGAGAAAAAUUGUCUUGAAAUUAUUUCUUUUUUUAAGGUAUGUGUGGGCAGCCCUAGUUUGCCCUAAUUACUUAUUAAAUACCAUUUGUUAAGCACCUGUUUAUGACACUUGAAUGAGCUGUGCUUUCAUUUGUCAACUCUCAAAUUAAAUUCCAUGAACCUUUACAUUAUUCUUGUAACCGUGAUGCCAAAUUCUUGUGCUCUUUUCAUCGAUUAUUCUUAAAAUAUAGCAUAUUAACUUUU